AUGUCCGGAUCCACAGGUCUUCGCCGGAGUUCGCGCCAGGCCGCUGCAUCUCCUGCACCCACACCACCGUCAUCUGCUGUUCUACCACGUUGGCGUGCGAGGCAAUCGAAUAACGAAAAUGUUCCCCCUCCGAAUGUGGCUCAGCAGACCCCUGGGCCUACGUUAAGACCACCCGGGACCGGUGUCCCACUCCAGAACAUUGGCAACUUUGCAUUGAGUGGGCUCCAGCAUUCUUCGCCUUCCUACAGGGAUGUUUUCCGCCAUUGGCAGGCAUCUUCGUCCUCUCCGUCAACUCAUUUAUCGUCUGAACGGUCCAGACCGUCUCGCAGAGGUCCGACAGGUGUGCAAACCCCACCUGCCACGCAGAACAGGAGGCAUUUGCAAGGUGCCGCUUCGACGUCGACCGGCUUGCUGACACCUGUCGCUACUCAGCGUCGUGUCGGCCCCGCCCUUCCAACCCCUCCGGCAACACAGUCUAACACUCUGUCAGAUCCGCCUUCAACGACAGAUUCCACACUCGAAGCGGAAAGUGCCCGGAUUCGAAAUCUCGCACGCAAUUCAGCGUACGCAACCCCGCAAGGAUCUCCUCGGCGUCGACGCGUCCAGCGUGUCCGUCUAGACGACUCAGAGUCAUCGGCAUCGGAAUCUGACGCGUCCAUGACGUCUACUUCAAGGCCAAGGACCACCAGGGUUUCGUCAGCUAGGCAGGAAGGAAUGGUCAGACGACGCAGUCCAACUCGAAACGGACAGAUACCUCGACGACGGCUUUUUUUGGCUGCACGCACACAAUAUCUCGAAUCCAAGGUGCCUCGACACGACCUUGGACGCAUGGAUGUCCCAUGCCCACACUGCGGGGCCCUCCAUUGGCUCAUAGAACGCACGGAUGGGUCCAUCGGUUCGCCUCUUUUUGGCACUUGCUGUCGAAAGGGGCGGGUACGGAUUCCGUUGCUGGAGCAGCCUCCCCAGCCGCUUCAGCUCCUUCUUACUGCGCAAACCCUUCAGGCCAAGGCGUUCCGAAACGAUCUCUGGAAGUAUAACCGCGCGUUUUCCUUCACGUCGUUGGGCGUUCUCGAGGACCAUGCCAUCAACAAUGGUUCGUCGGCACCCGUGUUUCGUAUAUGCGGUGAGUUGCACCACAACUCUGCGGCGCUCACACCGACCGGUGGACGAACCCCAAAAUACGCCCAGCUCUACAUCUACGAGCCCCAAGCCGCCCUCCAACACCGAAUCAACCAGAACGAAGACCUCGAUUCCGGGAUAAUGGCUCAGCUCCAAGCCAUGUUGCUGGCUUCAAACCGCUUUGCUCACCUCUAUCGGUCUGCUUACCAGAUCAUGACACGAGAAGGCCAGCCACCAGAUGUCUCAGUCCGCCUCCGACUGCUGCAAGGUCAAGACCGACGACGCUACAACACGCCGACAAGUGACGAAUUCGCUGUGGUCGUCCCAGAUAGGCAGGGUAAUGAGCAGGGCAGGGAUAUUAUCCUUCGACUGCACGGAGGGGGCCUGCACCGCAUCAGCGACCUACACCCCGCGUACGCACCUCUCCAAUACCCUCUACUCUUCCCUUAUGGGGAGCGUGGUUGGUCUCCUGACCUCAAGCUCAAGAAAGCUGGAGAUUUCACGGCCGACAGCAACGAACGACUCAGCCAAACCGAAUACGCCGCCUUCCGGAUCCACUAUCGACCCAAUGAGGGCCAGUCGUUGAUUCGAGGUGGCCGCCUUUUCACUCGCUACAUCGUCGACAUGUGGGCGUCCGCCGACCAAAACCGCCUGCGCUUUCUUCGGGACCACCAGAAGGAGUUACGCGCUGAACUCUACAGUGGGCUUGAAGAUGCUAUCGGCACAGAAGACCAUUCGGACUUGAACCAGCUCGGUCGUCGAGUCGUUCUUCCCUCAUCCUACAUCGGCGGUCCUCGCAAUAUGAUGCAACGGUAUCAAGACGCCAUGGCCGUAGCCCGACACUUCCGUAGGGUCGAUCUCUUCAUCACUAUGACCACCAAUCCCCAAUGGGAGGAGAUUACUAGAGAACUCCUCCCAGGCCAAACAGCUUACGAUCGACCGGACUUGGUAGCACGGGUGUUCGAGAUGAAGAAGGAUGCUUUGCUGGAGGAUAUUUACAAGAAUGGGAUAUUCGGAAAUGCGGUAGCCUACGUGUAUACAAUCGAGUUCCAGAAGCGUGGACUACCUCAUGUCCAUAUCCUGGUGUUCCUAGAUACACCAUAUAAACUCUCCACCGUUGACGCCAUUGACUCCUGCAUCCGUGCGUACUGGCCUGACCCAUUCACUGAACCCCGCCUUUUUGAAACCGUCAAGAAUUGCAUGGUCCAUGGUCCGUGUGGUGCACUCAACCCGCGAGCACCCUGUAUGGACAAUGGCAAGUGCACGAAGAACUUCCCAAAGCCCUUCCAACCUGCCACCGAGAUGAACGACGACGGCUUUCCGAAAUAUAGACGGCCUGAUGAUGGACGACGUUAUCCUAUUGGCGUGCAUUGGGUGGAUAACCGAUGGAUCGUACCUUAUUGCCCCUACCUCUCCUCCAAAUAUGACUGCCAUAUCAAUGUCGAAUGUGCUGCAUCCCUCGGGUCAAUUGGUUAUGUUGUCAAGUACAUGGAGAAGGGUCCAGAUCGAGCUACCUUGGAGAUCAUGCGCCAGCAAACCGGACGGGAUAUCGAGGUCAACGAAAACGACGAGAUCCAACGUUGGGUCCUUGGGCGAUACAUUAGUGCCCCAGAGUCUGUGUGGCGAAUCCUCCACUUCUGGAUUCACAAGCAGAUCCCAAGCGUCGAGAGGCUUCAAGUUCACCUGCCCGGUCAGCAUAUGGUCACGUUCGACCCUGAUGAGGACGUCAGGACUGUGAUGGAACGAGCAUCGCAGGAACGCACAACUCUGACUGCCUUCUUCAAUGCCAAUGCCGAUGAUGGGGAGCUUGGGGUGGUCGCUCGCCAGUGCACCUAUCAGGAAUUCCCUCAGAAGUUCGUCUGGGACUCAAGGAGCCGCAGAUGGAAGAUACGCCAGCGCGGCUUCUCGCUUGGGCGUAUGGUUUUUGUGCCUCCCAAUGGUGGAGAGCGGUUUUACCUCAGAACCCUCCUCACUGUUGUCCGUGGUGCCAGGUCAUUCCAAGACCUUCGGACGUACGAUGGUAUCGAGUAUCCAACCUUCCGGGAGGCGUGUCUUGCACGAGGACUACUGGAGGAUGAUGGGGAAUGGAGACAGUGCUUGCAAGAGGCGGCAGAGAUGGGUACUGGGACACGUCUUCGCCAUCUAUUUGUCGUCAUUCUGCUCUUUUGCGCCCCGUCACAGCCGGAGGUACUUUGGGAGCAGUUCCGUGAACGCAUGUGCGACAACCUUCGAUAUCGACUUCAGAAUUCCGGUAUCGUGAACCCGACAGAAGAGCAGGUCUAUGAUUAUGGCCUGUAUAUGAUCAACAACCUUCUCUCGGAAAGUGGGCGAAGCCUGGAAGAUUGGCCGUCCAUGCCGCAGCCCAUUAUGGAUUGGGAUGACCUUCAAGAGAACCCUCUCAUUGCUGAACAACGUAAUUACGACCCUGAAGCGGAACAGCAGUCUCUUAUCACCCGCCUCGCUCUCCUCAACAAUGAACAGCGCGCAGCUUACGACGAAAUUGUCCAUUCCGUGGAAGGAAACGAGGGGAGACUGUUCUUUCUGCACGGUUCUGGGGGGACUGGGAAGACCUUUGUCUACAAGACGGUCUGUAAUAGGAUUCGGAGCAAUGGCUCUAUCGUCCUAUGUGUUGCUUCAUCCGGAAUUGCAGCCCUCCUUCUCCCGGGAGGGCGGACAGCCCACUCCAUGUUCCGCAUCCCUGUAGGAACUCUUCAUGAAGAUUCCUUAUGUGACAUUGCAAAACGAAGUCCUCGCGCAGACCUUCUUUGCCAAACCCGCCUUAUCAUCUGGGAUGAAGCUGUUCCACAACAUCGCUACGCAUUUGAAGCGUUAGACAGAACAUGUCGAGACAUCAGGGACAACGACUCACCCUUUGGAGGGAUCACAGUCGUCUUUGGAGGAGACUUUCAGCAAACACUGCCUGUUGUUCGCCGAGGGUCCCGGGAGGGAAUUGUAGGGGCUACUAUUCGUUAUUCAUAUCUCUGGGAACACAUCCAUGUCCUUCACCUUCGCCAGAAUAUGCGACUCGAUGCCCAGGACCCCUCUUCUAUCGGAUUCGCACAGUGGUUGAUUGAUGUCGGCCAUGGUCAAAAUCUCUCCGAUGACAACCACUUGGACUUCCCUCAAGACAUGCGGUCUCCAAGCUCAAACAGCCUCAUCAACUUUAUUUACCCCGGCAUAGACUCUCCCACUCCUCCACCAGCCCAAUACUUCCUGGACCGCAUGAUCCUUGCCCCGCGGAAUGCGGAUGUCUCUGAUCUCAACGAAGGAAUCCUCGAUAAGAUGGCAGGUCAGAAGCGAACAUAUGUGAGUGCUGAUGAGCUCCUCACUGAGUCUUCUGCCUCUCAUCCUGUCCCUAUCGAGUUCCUUCGCACUGUUAACGCCUCUGGCCUUCCCCCAGGAGAGCUGUCAAUGAAGCUCGGUUCUCCGCUUAUUCUACUCCGAAACCUAUCCCCAAAGCAUGGUCUCUGCAAUGGGACUCGAAUGGUAGUGACCAGAAUGAGCGACCGUGUUCUCGAAGUGCAGAUCAUUGGAGGCGAGUGCAAUGGUGACCGGGUCUUCAUCCCAAGAAUCUCGCUCAUACCUUCGGACAAUGACGACAUCCUCAUCAAGUUCCGACGCCGACAAUUCCCUGUUCGAUUGGCCUUCGCACUCACCAUUAACAAAGCUCAAGGCCAAUCUGUUAAGUACGUUGGCCUUGACCUUCGAAAUCCUGUUUUCGCUCAUGGCCAACUUUAUGUGGCACUUUCCCGAGCCACAUCCAGGCAACGUAUCAAGGUUCUCUUACCAGAUGGAGAACAAGAAUGUAGUACUCCAAAUGUUGUUUACCCUGAGGUGUUACUAGCUUAA